GUCACUGUUGCACGGUGAGGCCACUAUGUCGCAUGGUGAUGGUGAUGCGACUGUCGUCAACCCGGAAAGACAGCAGAGCGAGAACGGCCUUCAACAGCCUUCAGAAGCCCAGUCAGCAUUCCUGGAGGCCCGGCAGAGACGCAAAAUCGCCGAGCUGGAAGGAAAGAUAGAGACCCUUGAGUCAGGGCGCGCGUCCAAAGAAAGGCAAAUGAAUUACUAUCUAGCUCAAGGAAGAGGCAUCAGGCGCAUCGUCGCUUUAUUCGACAACAUCGAGGACCUCGUCACCGAGAAUGACAGAAGAUAUGAUGAGGACGCGGCCACUUUUGAUCAAGACCGUCUGCAGACGGCAUAUGAUAUACUGACGAGAACUUUGCCAUGGAUCGUGACGCGGUCCUCCGAACUAGAGCACGAUGAUUAUUUACGCAUGAUUAAAAUGCUUAGGCAGGGAGCUGAUGGAGCUCGAGGAGACGACACAUCAAAACUCAAGGCUCUUGUUGCCGACUGGGUCAAUCGUGAACUCAAACCGAAUCCCCCGGUGGACCCCGACGAUAAACAUACUCGCGGGUUCAUCAACGACGCGUGUGGCAAGUUACUCUGCCCGGCCGAGCUGGACUGGAAUAACCCGACCACGAAGGCAGGGAUUCGAGAUCGCUCUGAAGGUUAUAUCGUGACGGAGUUAUCUUUUCCGGCCUUUUUGUAUGAAAGGUAUACUGCCAAUUUGGACGAUUUAGAGGCGGGCCUUUUCAAAGGGCGAAUUCUGGUGCAGGGUUUUAAGGCUGUCUUCACGUCACCCUCCUCAGCAAAGGACGUCGAGGGCGACGGCGACGGCGCAGACAUCAUCGAGAACAAUAGACGCGCCAGGAGGGCUGGCUGGGGACUCAAGGUAAAAAAACAUGUUGCGCAGAUAAUUAAGAUGGAGAAAGUCACUCCUCGCUCGAUUGCGUAUAUCGCCUGUCAAGUACGAUUUGCACUUUCUUCCAUCACGUCGUGGCGGACCGUUGACGGUGACUUCGACUAUAUACAAUUCUGGCGGUCCAUCGUGGACUUCUUCGAACGACCCCCCCGGUCGAGAAGCGCAGCGUCGGGUCAACAAACUCCUUGAGUGGUGGACUAGAAAGGUUUUUGGUAGGAGUCGCCGUGAGGACCUUACUGAUGCUGUGAGGUCCGGCAUGUCUGUCAAUGCUCUCGCAAGACAGAGGGCGGAACUCGACAAUGCUACUUUUGAUUCAAACUAAGUGUCUAUUAUCGUUUAAAUACUAUGUCGUGCUUUGAUAAUCCAUGAAUAAUUUGAUUCAUACUAUUGUGCCUCUGGCAUUCUUGUUAAACAU